AUGCCCGAGAACCUGGCCCACUUCUGGCCUGUCAGGAUUGAACCGUUUUCAGAUAACGGGGCAAGCCUGUCCCCUCCAGGGGAUCUGCGCUCUGCUGGGUCUCCAACUCAGAACGGAUCCGAGCAAUUUCGCCUGGGUAAAAGUGACCCUUUCGUCAGCUCCUUCCAUCUUCCGGGUUACGAAAAGAAAGAGAAGGUCAACGACGGUACCUUGGUGAGCCUGGACGGAAGGUUAUUGUGCAGAGGGACCUCGGAGAGGGCAGACUUCCAGUACAUCCUCUUCCCUGUAGUUUAUACUUUGGUCUUCCUCCUCGGCCUGGGGGGGAAUCUCUUUGUAUUGGGCUACUUCCUCCGGACCAAGUCGGCCACUGCCCCGGCCAAUGUCUUCCUGGUGAACUUGGCCACCCUCGACCUGCUCUUUGUGCUCACCUUGCCCAUCCGCAUCGCUUACCAUGCCCGCCAUAACGACUGGACCUUUGGCGAAGCCCUCUGCAAAAUCACCGGCUGCCUCUUCUUUGCCAACCUCUAUGGCAGCUCCCUCUUCCUGGCCUGCAUCUGCCUCGAGCGCUAUGUGGCGGUGGUCCAUCCGCUGAAGCACCUCCAGUUCCGGCAGCUGCGCUACCGCCUGGGGGCUGCUUUGGGGGUGUGGCUGAUCCUCAUUGCGGCCAUCCUGUUCCUGGCCCUCCGUGGGCCCCUGACCAGCCCCUUUGCCGAUGGCCGCACCGCAUGCCUGGAGAACUUCUCCUCCAGUUCCUGGAAGGGGCGCAUCUCGGGCGUCAGCAUCUUUGCUGCCGUGGUUGGCUUCCUGCUGCCUCUUCUUCUGAUCGGCAUCUGCUACCCUCUGAUCGCCUGGCGCCUCCUGACUUCCCCCAGGUUGCAGGCAAGUUCCCAAGCAGCCAAACGCAAAGCCCUGCGGACGGUGCUGGUGGUCCUUGGCGUUUUCCUGGUCUGCUUUGCACCGUAUCACAUCGUGCAGCUGGUUCACACGUUGGGCCGUGUGGGGGUCCUGGGCGACUGCACCCUCGUCCGCACCACCUAUGUGGCUCGUCGCAUCACUAUGGCACUGACCAGCCUCAAUGCCUGUCUGGACCCACUGGUUUAUUACUUUGCUGCCGAGCGAUUUGCCCGGCAAUCCGGCUGGUGGAAGUGCAGCUGUUGUCAGCCAGAGAGCCCCCAGCGGCCUCUGGGGCUGCCCAGGUUGAUUGCCAGCAAGGCCUCGUCUUCUGGAGAAACCACAAAGGCUGACACAGAGCAGUGAGCAGAGAAAUUCUGUCCCUCAACCCUACAGUCUGCCCUGUUCCCACUGCAUGAGAGGAAUGGAGACGUUUAUCAUUGCUACACAGGUGUGAACUUGGUGCUUGUACCAGGAACAGACUGGAAAUGAGCGAGCUAAGGAGACUCGAGGCAGCGGGCUGCCCAAGGCCACGACGGGCCACCGCUUCUCCU